CGCCGCCGUCGCAUAUAACCUCUCCCGCUAAUACCUUUCUCACACUUAACGAAACUCCGGCGGCGGCGGCGGCGAGCUCGCGACCUGAAGCACAAGGAGAAGGCGGCUCGAUCCCUCGUCGCCUCGGUCCACCAUGUCGAAGAGGAAAACCAGGGAGCCUAAGGAGGAGAAUGUUACUCUUGGACCUGCUGUCCGUGAAGGGGAGCAUGUCUUCGGAGUUGCUCAUGUCUUUGCAUCAUUCAAUGACACAUUCAUCCACGUCACUGACUUGUCCGGGAGAGAGACCCUUGUUCGUAUCACUGGUGGAAUGAAGGUCAAGGCUGAUCGUGACGAGUCAUCACCAUAUGCAGCUAUGCUUGCUUCUCAAGAUGUGGCGACACGUUGCAAGGAGCUCGGCAUCACUGCUUUGCACAUUAAGCUCCGUGCCACUGGAGGCAACAAGACCAAGACUCCUGGACCUGGUGCUCAAUCCGCUCUCAGGGCACUCGCUCGUUCUGGCAUGAAAAUUGGACGCAUUGAGGACGUGACCCCCGUUCCCACUGACAGCACCCGCAGAAAGGGUGGUAGGAGAGGAAGGAGGCUGUAGACGCCUUCUUUUUCAUCGUCUCUCAUGGCCGUGAUCGAGAAUUCGGUGUUCGAAUAGCCUUAUAGAUCCUAUGUAGUUGCCGAUCAGUUUACUCCAAGUUCGGAUUUGUUUACUGUCAGUUUCAGAGCUGUGCUUCGCUUCAGAACAUCUCUGAUCGUGUAUUUAUGCAAAAAUAUUCUAGUCCGAACAUGCCUUAUUAUGGUUUCUGAUAAUAUGGUUGGCUCUUAUUAGUAAUA